AUGGAUGAUCGCCAAUUUCUGAAAAUCUUCCUAUACGGUAACCUGACUCGCUCCCUCCCUCCCAGACACUUCAAACAUCCAGUUCCUCCGAUAGCCAUCUGGUCGACGACUUUCCUGCUGGCGGCAAUCCGUGUCUGGCGCAACAAUCACCGAGAGCUGGAUGGCGAAGCGAAAAGAAUGCCGAUCGAAAUAAGAGCGCCGCCUCCUCGGAAGCACAAGAAGAAGUCCGAGGCAACGGCGAAGAAGGUCCCGACGGCUGCGGCCCAAGUUGCUUAA